AACAAUGGAAUCAUCCUCUUUCCCGCUGCUAUUUGGCGAAUUUACCCAUCCAAUCUCCUCCACUCCUCUCAGCUUUCUCCUCUUCACAACAUCCAACUUUUCCUGGAAAAUCGAGGCCCUGAAAAUGUCAGAUUCCGAGGACGAAAAUCCCGAACUUACUCCCCAGUCAAAGCCUACCGCCGAGGAACCUGGGUCUGUCAUGGAUUUCGACCUCGACCCAGAGACUUCUUGGCCUUUAGAUCAGAUAGCUUUCACCUCUAACCCUAUGUCCCCUUUUCUGAUCUCCUCCACCUCCGAGCAACCUUCUUCUCCUCUCUGGCUUUUCUCGGACUUGGACGAUGAUGGGCAAGCUAAACUUGCCACUUCGGCCCUCUCCGACGUCCAUCGAUUGCUCUCCUGCAAUUCGAAUUCAGUAGCUGAAAAACCAGUGGAGAAUGAGGAGACCAAAAAUACCUCAUCGCCGUGUGUGGCCCUGCCACCACUACCAUUAGAAACUCCAGAUGGGUACUGUUUCAUUAAAGAAAGGAUGACACAAGCACUAAGGUACUUCAAAGAAUUGACUGACCAGAAUGUUCUGGCUCAGGUUUGGGCACCUGUGAAAGUCGGGAACCAGUAUGUCCUUACAACUUCAGGGCAACCCUUUGUUCUUGAUCCCCAUAGUAAUGGACUGUAUCAGUAUAGAACAGUCUCUCUUAUGUACAUGUUUUCAGUGGAUGGGGAGAGUGAUGGAAUCCUUGGCCUUCCUGGUCGUGUUUUUCAUCAGAAGUUACCAGAAUGGUCUCCCAAUGUUCAAUAUUAUUCUAAUAAAGAGUAUCCCCGCCGAAAUCAUGCUCAACAUUACAAUGUUCGUGGAACCUUGGCUUUGCCUGUGUUUGAACCUUCAGGGCAGUCAUGUAUUGGUGUUCUGGAGUUGAUAAUGACUUCUCAGAAGAUUAACUAUGCCCCUGAGGUUGAUAAAAUAUGCAAAGCUCUUGAGGCAGUAAAUCUGAAGAGUUCAGAAAUUUUGGAGCAUCCAUUCACUCAGAUUUGUAAUGAAAGCCGUCAGAAUGCAUUGGCAGAGAUAUUGGAGAUAUUGACAGUGGUCUGUGAAACUCAUAAAUUACCUCUGGCCCAAACAUGGGUUCCCUGUAGGCAUCGGAGUGUUCUGGCCAAUGGCGGUGGCCUGAAGAAAAGCUGCUCCAGCUUUGAUGGUAGUUGCAUGGGGCAAGUUUGCAUGUCUACUACUGAUGUUGCAUUCUAUGUCAUAGAUGCUCAUAUGUGGGGUUUCCAUGAAGCCUGUGCUGAGCAUCACUUGCAACAAGGCCAAGGGGUUGCUGGGAAGGCAUUUUUGUCUGGCAAUAUGUGCUUCUGUGGGAACAUUACCCGGUUCUGCAAAAUUGAGUACCCUUUAGUACAUUAUGCUCUCCUGUUUGGCUUAACCAGCUGUUUUGCUGUCUGUUUGCAAAGCUCUCAUACUGGAAAUGAUGAUUAUAUAUUAGAGUUUUUUCUGCCUCCUAAGGUCACAGAAUUAAAAAGAACAAAAGACUAUGUGGGGUCUAUAGUAGCAACAAUGAAACAGCAUUUUCAUGGUCUUAAGAUAGCUGCUGGUUUUGAACUUGAGGAGGAAUUUUCAGUUGAAAUCAUUGAAACGACGAGUGAAAGGGUUUAUUCAAGACUUGAAUCUAUUGUGAUUGCCGAACUUCCUAAAUCGCCAUAUGGACCUGAUGCCUUGCCAAAUAUGGGGGAGAUGGUCCCACUGGAUACGUCAGAGCAGCAAAUGGUAUUCUUGAAUGAUAUAAAUGGACGAGGGAAUCUUGGUGACAAAGCUGGUGGAGCUUCUGAUCAUAUAUCUUCUUUGGGGACUAAAAACAUAAAGAAACCCUCUGAGAGAAAACGGGGAAAAACUGAAAAAUCAAUUAGUCUUGAAGUUUUGCAAAAUUAUUUCGCUGGGAGCCUUAAAGAUGCUGCAAAGAGUCUUGGUGUUUGCCCCACUACCAUGAAGCGCAUAUGUAGGCAGCAUGGGAUAUCGCGUUGGCCAUCUCGGAAGAUUAACAAGGUCAAUCGUUCCCUGUCCAAGCUCAAGCGGGUCAUUGAAUCUGUCCAAGGUGCUGAAGGAGCAUUUGGUUUGAAUUCUCUCAGUACCAGUCCACUUCCCAUGGCUGUUGGUUCCUUUCCUGAGCCUUCAAACAAGUUCAGCCAGCAAGCCUCGCUAAGCGCGCUCCUGGCAGAACCACAGAUGAAAGAGAGUGAGUUGGAUGCUUGCAAAGUAUCAGAAACAAACAGGCAAACUGAGGUAGAACAUCAGUUGGUAGGAGGAAGGGUACAAAGUCCUGAGACAGGGAUACGUGAGAAAAGUGGGUCCAGUCAGGAGUUUGGUAAAUGUCUGAAGGACCUAGAACGGCGAGCGCCUCAAGUGAAGAUUGGGCGAACCCUACUUCUAAUGGUUCGUGUGUCAUGGUAGUCCCCCAAAUGAAAGUUCACCUUCGAGAGAUAUAUUCACUACA